GACAGCACCCCUCAAAGGGUUAAAGGUGGAGAACCACUGCUUUACACCUUCGAAGACUCACUACUUUCUAUGACGAAAUGUCAUGUAACUGUUUAUUUCCUCAGGCUGUAAGAAUUUGGCUCUGAGUCAAGCAGGUCUUGCAGCAAACCAGGAAGCGACACUUGAUCGACUGGACUGAGAGCCUCAUAUUUACAUAGCGCCGAAACUCCACGUUUGUUUUGGGCGUUGAAGAAAACACGUGGGAGAAAUAUACAUAUAUAUAGAGGAGUCCGAGGACAUGGAGCGACGCUUUUAAACUGUCCGCUAUGGAAGUGGCAAACGAAGAGGCAGCCUGUAAAGUCUACGCAGUUUUAAUGGAGCCCGAGUCUGAGACCGUGAGCCGUUUGAGGACAAAGUACCACUCUCUGCGGAGACAGGUGUGUUUGAUCCAGUCCAUCAGCCUGCUGCUCUGCUUCAGCUGCUGCGUGUUCACGCUCCUGAACCACGCGUUCCCGCCACAAUGCACGGAAAAUGGAACUAAGGGGAUAUCUAAAUUUGAAAUGCAGAAUCAAGUUUUUGAAUCGCAUAGCAGAGAAGAAACGAAGCCGAAACAAAAAGACACAUCUUUCAUUCGCCUGACAGUUAAAAACGAUCACCCGCUCACUAAAGCCGGAUUUGUGCCAUGGAUGGCUACCCCAGAGUAUCAGUCACCAGACUCUACCAGUUACUUCAUCUUGGAAGAAGAUAAUGAAUCUCUGAAAAUCCUUCAUGAAGGAACAUACAAGGUUUCUCUGCAGAUUACGUACAGAAACUUCAGUGAACAACCAGAAAGUGAGGAAAUAUUACUUCAACAUGAUAUUUAUCAUGAUACUGCUGCAUAUCCUCUAGACCUGCCACUGCUCACCCACUGCGAAACAGUGAACAGUACAAACUGGAGGAAAAGUCUGUUUUCUGAAGGUAUUUUUUACCUCAAUUCUGGGGACAAACUCAAGGUGUUUUCCAAUAAUCUGAACCUCAUUGAUGUUGGAGAAAAAUUUGUGCAAAAAACAUUCUUUGUGGUGUAUCCUCAUUUUACCUCGUGAGGAUACGGCGAAUACAAAAAAACAUAAAGACAUUUGCUUCUGCAGCUUUGAGUAAUGAUCAAAAGGGCUGCCAUGAAGUAUCAUAUUAAUCUGUCUGGGAUGACCCUGUCAUCUAAACCGAUUCUCCUGUCAGCAAAAUCUGAUAUAUUUAUGCUAUAAUCAGUAGCAUGGUCAUGUACAGAAGAAAACCCUUACAAAAAAAUACUGUGGUACAUUAAUGGUGUCAAAUGGUA